AUGGCGCCUCCAAAGUCCUCUCGCACCGCCGAGGAUGGAAAGCCGGAGCUCGGCAGCUCCAAGGAAAAGACCGGCGGUCCAUCGUCGACCAAGAUGCGCCGCGGUGCCAGCCACAACGGAGCCGCCCAGAACCUCAAGGUCGCCAGCGCUCCCACGUCUGCUCCUGCACAGAGCACCACCGAAACACCCACCCCCACGCUGCAAUGGAACGCCUUCGACCGCAACCACCUCCACUCCUACAGCCGCCAACACCGGCUCAACACCCCUUCCUCCUUCUCCAGCGUGUACCACCAGUGGGUGCUAUCCAAUCCGGGAAGCAUAGGCAUAUACUCUCCAACCAUGGUCCGCAAGCGUUCGGCCCAGAGGCAGAAUAAGGAGCAGCUCGCCAUGGUGGUGCGGAAACACUUCAACGGCAUGGGCGUCCAGGAGAAUGACGUCAUUGUCGAUUUUCUCUACAAGAUCCGCAGCGACAAGACCUCAAAAGCCACGGGACCGAACAAGAAGGCUGUUUUUCUGAGAAAGUAG